AAUUUAGAUUACUUAACUGGGCUGAUUUGAAAGUCUUUGGCCCCUUCGCCUUUCUGGUUUCACUUUCACAGUGGCGCUCUGUCUCGCCGCCGGCGUAUUUUUCCCUUCUAAUUUUCAGUUUUCCCUCGUUGCUUUUCUCGCUUCCUCUCCGAAAACCUGGCCUUGUCCAAAGAGAUAUCAAUUACAUAGUUAUUUAAAUCUGGAAUGGGUAGAAUAGCAGUCGCAUUGAUAGUGAGCUCUUGGGUUAUUCCCAUAUCAAUCCUCGUCAAUCGAAUUGUACCUGAACCAUACAUGGACGAGAUUUUCCAUAUUCCUCAGGCUCAACAAUAUUGCAAAGGCAAUUUUGCAAGUUGGGAUCCCAUGAUCACUACUCCACCUGGCCUGUACUAUCUUUCACUUGCCCAUGUUGCUUCUUUGUUUCCAGGCAUGUUUUUCAUACGUGGGGUGUCAUUGUUCUCUGAAUUGUGCUCCACACCAAUUCUUCGCUCUGUGAAUGGUGUAUUGGCAAUAUUAUGUAGUGUUAUUGUAUACGAGAUCAUCACCCUCUUGAGACCAAAUAUUGAUGAAAGAAAAGCAACAAUUUUUGCGGUGGUUCUGGCGCUGUACCCGCUCCACUGGUUCUUCACGUUCCUUUAUUAUACAGAUGUUGCAUCACUUACUACAGUUCUUGCUAUGUAUCUUGCAUGCUUGAAGAAGAAAUACCACUUAAGUGCAUUGCUUGGAGCCUAUGCAGUUUUCAUCCGACAGACGAAUAUUGUCUGGAUGCUUUUUGUUGCAUGCACUGGGGUCAUGGAUAUUACUCUGACCCAUCAAAGAGAGAGUGUGAAAGUAGACAACUUAAAUACCACGGGCAACAAAACUGGCCUUUCAGUCCCAAACAAUCACAUCAUAGUUGGCUCAAACAUGAGAAGACGAAAGCCCAAUAGUGCUGUGGAUAACAGCAAAAGUUCUAUGACGAGUACACUCACCUAUUCAACAAGCCAUUCAUCAGGUUUUCUUGAUGAGAUUAAGGCAAUCUGUUUGACAUCAUGGAAUAUGAAGUCAAAACUUUUAUUCUCCUUUAGCCCCUUCUUUAUAGUAUUGGUGGCCUUUGUUGCUUUUGUCCGUUGGAAUGGGAGUGUAGUUCUUGGUGCAAAAGAAGCUCAUGCAGUCUCUCCACAUUUUGCACAGUUAAUGUACUUUAGUCUGGUUUCUUCUCUGGCAUUGGCUCCCCUGCAUUUCUCUUUGGAUCAAGCUGUGCAUCUGUUUUGGUCAUUCUGGAAGAAAAGGCCCCUUGGUUUUUGUCAAUGGAUAGUGGCUCUUACUGCCGGCUUUCUCUCUGUGCGUUCUUACAGCAUAGCUCAUGCCUAUCUCCUUGCUGACAAUCGGCACUAUACCUUUUAUCUUUGGCGGAAGGUCAUCCAAUCUCAUCAGUCAACGAAGUACCUUCUGGUCCCACUUUAUGUCUAUUCAUGGUUUUCCAUCUUCAGAGUGUUGGCUAGACCAAAAAUUUGGGUAUUGGCAUAUUUCUUGGCUACAGCUGCAGUUCUAGUUCCUGCUCCACUUAUUGAAUUCAGAUACUAUACCAUACCAUUCUACUUCUUGAUGCUUCACUCCCAUACGGUUGAUAUUCAAAGUUUGGUCCUCAUUGGACUUGGAUAUGUGGUAACCAAUGUUUUCACAAUGUUUAUGUUCUUGUUUAGGCCAUUUAAUUGGAGCCAUGAGCCCGGGAAACAGAGGUUUAUUUGGUAGAUAGGUUAUUGAGAAAAGAAAUUAUAAAUUCACAUACGAUGUUUAUCACUUGCUCACUGGUUAAGAGAAUAGAAAUGACCUCUAUCUCUGUCCCUGUCCUGGUUCCUGGACUGUGAUUCUGUGGACGCCACGUCCACUUUUGGCGUUAGAGGGUAAUGGCUUCAACUGUGAUUUUAAUGGUUUCAAUUUAUUCAAUGAAUUUACAA